UAUCGAACCCCCACCCCCCCAAUACCAUCGUCUUCAUUUCCUGUCCAACACUUGAACGGUUCAACCACCCAAAAGGGUCAAAGCCACCAAAACAAACAUGACCACCUACGGCACCAUCCCAACCUCGUCCGCGCAAGGACAACCCACAAACCUCGAGUACGUCACGCGUGCGAAAGAGAGGAUCAAAGCCGACAUCUGCACCUGUCGCCCAUGGAAGCUGAUGUUCAACCUCCAGUCCUUCGGCCUGCCCGCCGGCUUCGCCGACGCCAUCGUCAGGGUCCGUACCAACACGGGCUUCUUCCGCAUGAACUACGCGAUCAUCGUCCUGCUUAUCCUCUUUCUCAGCCUGCUAUGGCACCCCAUCUCGCUCAUAGUGUUUGUGGUGAUGAUGGCCGUGUGGCUGUUCCUCUACUUCCUGCGCGACGAGCCCCUGGUGGUCUUCGGCCGCACGAUCGACGACAGGGUGGUGCUGAUCGUGCUGGCGGUGCUGACGGUGGUUUUCUUGAUUUUGACGAGAGCCACGGUGAAUAUUUUGGUGGCGCUGUUGAUUGGUGCGGUGUUGGUGGUGUUGCACGCGGCUAUGGGGAAGACCGACGAUUUGCCCUUGGAUGAAGAGGCUACUGGCUUGAUGACUGGUGUUGGCCCUGCUGGUUCCGCUGGAUCUACUUCUUCUUAAUUUAUUGUGUUUAUCGCUUAAUUAUCAAAUUUCUUUGUCUUUUUCGUUGGUUUUCUAUUUUUCCCCUAAUUUGUUUUUUGGUGAUCUAGUCAAAAGAGGAAAUGGGAUUUGUUUCUUUUUA